AUUCCACGUUCUUAACUGGUCGGUUUUCCAAAUUUGUUCUGGGUUCCCACUUCCUCCGUUCGCUUUGCCCAUUCUGCUUCAGCCAGACGCCAAGAAUCAUGAAAGUCGCCAGUGGCAGCACCGCCGCCGCCGCCGCGGGCCCCAGCUGCGCGCUGAAGGCCGGCAAGACAGCGGGCGGCGCGGGCGAGGUGGUGCGCUGCCUGUCUGAGCAGAGCGUGGCCAUCUCGCGCUGCGCCGGGGGCGCCGGGGCGCGCCUGCCUGCCCUGCUGGACGAGCAGCAGGUGAACGUCCUGCUCUACGACAUGAACGGCUGCUACUCACGCCUCAAGGAGCUGGUGCCCACCCUGCCCCAGAACCGCAAGGUGAGCAAGGUGGAGAUUCUCCAGCACGUCAUCGACUACAUCAGGGACUUGCAGUUGGAGCUGAACUCGGAAUCCGAAGUCGGGACCCCCGGGGGCCGAGGGCUGCCGGUCCGGGCUCCGCUCAGCACUCUCAACGGCGAGAUCAGCCCCCUGACGGCCGAGGCGGCAUGCGUUCCUGCGGACGAUCGCAUCUUGUGUCGCUGAAGCGCCUCCCCCAGGGACCGGCGGACCCCAGCCAUCCAGGGGGCAAGAGGAAUUAAGUGCUCUGUGGGUCUCCCCAACGCGCCUUGCCGGAUCUGGGGGCGAAGAAGACCGAUCGGCGGCCACUGCGCCCAUACUACAUCCAGCCUAGGGCUGAGGGACUGGCGAGGAGAGGGCGACCCUCUCUGCACACCUACUAGUCACCAGAGACUUUAGGGGGUGGGAUUCCACUCGUGUGUUUCUAUUUUUUGAAAAGCAGACAUUUUAAAAAAUGGUCACGUUUGGUGCUUCUCAGAUUUCUGAGGAAAUUGCUUUGUAUUGUAUAUUACAAUGAUCACCGACUGAGAAUAUUGUUUUACAAUAGUUCUGUGGGGCUGUUUUUUUGUUAUUAAACAAAUAAUUUAGAUGGUGGUAAA